CAUUGGGGAGGUGUGCUGCGGUGCUUGCAUAUGGAUUACAAAUGAUAGUCCUCAAAGCAGCUGAGGCUAGCACUGGUUUAACUGCACCUGCAGAGGACAGUACUUUCAGGGCAGCUGCUGCAUCUCGAAUUGAAUCAUCGUAUAUUGUUGGCUUACAAGAUCUUGAUAUGAAGCAUGUUAAAGAUUUCAUCUUCAUCCAUGGUUAUAUUGAGCCUGUUGUGGUAAUUCUUCAUGAACAUGAGCUUACAUGGGCGGGUCGGGUUGCUUGGAAACAUCACACUUGUAUGGUUUCCGCACUCAGCGUCAAUACAACAUUAAAGCAGCAUCCGCUCAUAUGGUCAGCCAUGAGGUUUACUUUAUGACCUACAUCCAUCGUUGAGAAAGCCUUCAUUAUGAUGCCUCAGUUAUCUUCUAUUUGUACCUGUUAGAAAGUGAGGCUCUCAAAUCAAUGAGGAUGCAUGGCAAAUCA